AUGGGAUACACCACGCUUUGGAAGCGGCUCUCGCCGCGCCAGCUGAACCUCACCAUCCAGAUCUUCUCUUUGAUUUCAAUAUUCUUCGAGGGAUAUGAUCAGGGCGUUAUGGGUGGCGUCAAUGCCUCCCCAAGCUAUGUGACUGAAGUUGGGAUCGGCAAGCCAGAUGGGACUGUUACCGAUAGAACACACCAGGGUGGCAUCGUUAGCGUAUAUUACCUGGGGGCUAUCUUCGGCUGCUUCGCUGGCGGAUGGCUGGCAGACAAGAUUGGCCGCAUCAAUGGCCUCUUGGCAGGAUCAUUGUUUGCUCUAGUGGGGGGUGCCCUUCAAGCGGCCUCUCAGAACUCGAACUUCAUGAUCUGCGCCAGAGUGGUGACGGGAAUAGGCACCGGUGCGUUGACCGGCAUCACGCCCGUCCUAGUAUCUGAAACGUCCUCGGCAAAUCACCGCGCAACCCUGCCGCAUCUCAAAGCUGUGCAGUUAACCCCCUCCCCCCAAUCCCCAGAUCUAGGAAUCUCAUUUGCCUAUUGGAUCUCGUUUGGGCUUUCCUUUGUGAACAAUGGCGACUCUGACGUACGAUGGCGUUUCCUUCUCGCGUUUCAGUGCGUCCCCGCUCUGAUGCUGGUCUUGUUUAUCAAAAUGCUACCAGACAGCCCCCGUUACUUGGCAUCGGUAGGGCGGAAGGAAGAAGCUCGCGAUCUCUUGACUCGCAUCCGCAAACAUCGGGCGACCUCAGACGAGAUCGACCGAGAAUACCUGGAGAUCAUCACCACGGCCAAGGAUAGUAAACCUAGCUCGCCCGUGCAAUUUGCCAAAAUUUUGUGUGGACAAGGCGGACGUCCCGGUACCAACCUGGGUCGGAGAGCAUGGUUAUGCAUCUGGCUCCAAAUCAUGGCGUCCUGGACUGGUAUCACGGCUGUCACGGCGUAUUCCCCAAUUCUUCUCGAACAAGCCGGCUACAGUUCCAUCAAACAAAAUGGACUGGCUGGGGGUAUCAAUACUAUCGGAAUCAUUGGAACUAUCAUCAGUGCUCAGAUCAUCGAUCGCCUGGGGCGUCGAGUCUGUCUGAUGGGCGGGGCAAUAGUGUUGUUCAUAGUCAACUUGAUCGCUGGUGCCGUGUACGAAGGAUCACUCCAUAAUCCUGAAAAAGCAGCCCAGUAUGCCCCUGGUGCGGUAACCAUGCUUUUCUUGUUUAACCUUGGCUAUGCGGCCACCUGGGGAACUGUUGCCUUUCUAGUCCCUACGGAAAUCUUCCCUAGUGAUUUACGGGCUCAAGGGAAUGGCUUUGGAAUCACAGGUUGGGCAAUCGGAGUUGGCAUGACUACACUUGUCAAUCCGAUAAUGUUUGGCAGUUUGACUAGUCGAACUUAUUUCCUCUUCGCAGGUCUCAAUUUACUUUGGGUCCCGAUUGUUUUUCUCUUCUACCCCGAAACCCGCAAUCGCUCCCUAGAGUCCAUCGAGGCUCUGUUUUCCACCCCAAGCCCUUUCCACUGGAAGAUGGAACAGGCCUAUCAGCUCCACGGUGAUGUUCUUGCUGAGCAUGGCAUCUCCAAGAACUCAUACGAUGCCGGUCGCAGUGAAGUGAGCGCGUCUGACAAACCAGAACCAGCAUACGAACCUGUUUAA